AUGGAGGGUCCCGACACUUUCCCGGGCGGUGGCACCGGGGGGGUCCUGGGGCAGAAGCGUCGCUGCAUGUCGGCGCUGGAGCCCGUCACCAGACCUGCCGGGGACGAGGAGGAGGAGGAGGAGGAGGAGGAAGGCGGCUUUCGGGGGGUGCCCCUGCGGCGAUCCUGUGCCCUCCGGACCUCCAUCCGCUCCCGGGAUCCUUUCCGCCGGCACAGCUGGGAACCGGGCAAGGAGCUGCGGGGGAUCCCCGGCUACGACCAGCUCAGCGUGAGUCUCAAAGGGCUGAGCCCCGAGGACAUCGGCUCCAGCGCGGAGGGGCUGGGGGGGCACCGGAGGGACCCCCGGAGAGCCCCCCUCCUCCACAGCCGUGACGACCUGGAGUCGCUGCUCUCCCAGGACGAGGAAGACGAGGCCGACGUGCAACGGGCACAGGAGGACGCGCGGGAGCUGCCGCCGUGCCGGGGCACCGGGGGUCUCUCCAAAUCCGCCUCUCUCAGCAUCAUCGACAGCUUCCCCGACCCCGACGAAAUUUCCCCCUUCUCCUCCCGGCAGAGCCUGGUCAAUGGGUGAGUUUGGGGGGGGCAAGGGGGGCGCGUUGUGUCGCUGUGCCCAGGGGAGGUUUGGAAAGGGAAAAUUUGGCCCAAAUUGGGUUGUUUUUUUGGUUUGGUUUGGUUUAUGGCUGAGGGGACAGGGACGGCGGGGUGUGACGGGGUCGGGCUGAGGCCUGACACACUUCACUCACUCCCAGGGGUGGUCAGGGU